AUGGGUCGACGCUUAAGUGCAUUGAAGGGAAAUUUGACUAAUUUAUUAAAGGGCAAAGGGGUUGUUAACAAUGACCAAUUUACCCUCACGAAUUCAUCAGUUUCUCGACAACGAAAGAUUAACAAAUUAAAACUUCCAGCGGACGUACUCAUUGAAAUAUUUUCACACCUAGAAGAUGAUUACAAGACAUUACAAUCUUGCGCUUUGGUUAAUAGAAUCUGGUGUGAAAAUUCAGUUCCUUCAUUAUGGUCUCAACCUUUUCAAGAUUUAACACCAUCGACCAUAAUAGAUGUUUACUUAACUUGUCUCACGGAACUUGAAAAGGCUUAUCUCGUUAAUAAUGACAUUAUUGGAAUCUCUAAUCGCAGACGAGUUCCGGUAUUUGACUAUAUCUCCUUUUUACGUCAUCUUAGCAUGGGAAACCUUUAUAGCAUAGUUCAAAGAUGGACAGAUCGUACCCAAACAAAAUAUUCUGCCUCCCCGAAACGCCGUCGGUCGAGCAUUCGAUCCCUCUCCCUUGAUUGGGGUAAUAAAGAAAUCUGGAAAGCAUAUCCUUUGUUGCUUUAUUCUGCCGGAAUUGAUACGUACCUUGCUCAAUUGAGAAGGCUGUCCAUUCAUUAUAUAACAGAUUGGUCGAUCUUUGGGUAUUUAUCGAAAUAUGCCAAGAAUAUUGAAACUUUAGAGGUUGUAGAUUACUCCUUUAAUCAAGCUCCGCAUCCCGAAGAUGAGCAGAAUUUAGCAUCGUUAAUUAGCAUACAAAAUAAUUUGAGACGGUUGGCGGCUUGUAUAAAUUUAGAAGAGUUGGUAAUCAAGAAUUGCUCAUUCGCGACGGAUGAGAUCCUUGCACCUUUGAUGUGUGCAACGUUUCCAUCACUUUGUAAAAUACAUAUCGUAGAAUCUACUUAUAGUUGGGAUAAUGUGGUGGUUUCCUUAAUACAAAAUAAUCCAACACAUCUGGAAGAGGUGUAUUAUAAACCCGUUGAUAAUCAACAACAUCAUACCAUAUCACCUACAAUUAUUGAAGCGGUGGCUCAAAAUUGUCCAAAGAUCAUCAGAUUAGGAGUUCCGAUUGCCAAAGUACAAAUAAAUCAUUUGGUUGACAUCCUAACAUCAUCCGAGUGUAAAUUAAAGAGUCUGAGCAUAUUUCGAAUGGAUCGUAUCUCGUGGGAUGAUGAGGCUCUUUGGAGGGAUUUGGGUGGUCUAAUGCCCGUCACCCUACGUCACCUGAAUAUUUGGAUAUACAUAGGUGAUAAUCCGAUGCAAUUAUUUUUACAAAAUACUACCGCCCCUCUUGAGACAUUAUACGUCCGUUGGUGGACUCAUUAUUUGGGUUACGAUUAUCGUCUGGUUGGUGCCUACUUACAAGAUAAACCUGUAAAAAUUUCGGAAUUCGUACGUCAUGUAAUCUAG